AUGCAAGCGCCUCUGCCACUGGACAGUCUCAACUUUGAUGGUACAUCUUAUGAUAUGGGGUGGAAAUUAGACCAGCCAGAUACCCACGGCUCCCUGUCACUCCCUACAGCUGAAUACUCUUUGUACCUCAUCAGCGCCGUCAAGUUUCAUUGCGGACAACUGUUUCAUCUCUACGAUGAGAAGGAUUUCAUGUACCAUGUCUGCCUCCACCAUGAAGAUCCAUCCGGCGUAUCGUCUCUCUGGUAUGUACAUUAUUUGUUCAUACUUUCAUUCGGCAAAGCACUCGUCGCCAACGACAAUAAAACGCACACACCACCAGGCACAGAUCUCUUCCUGUACGCCAUGAAGAGGCUUCACGAGUUUGUCGUGUUUGACACAUCUUGCAACCCGAUAGAACUGGCCGAGGUGCUUUGCUGCGCUUCUCUUUAUUUACACUGUGUCGACUUCCGGUCCGCCUCCUACAGGAUGAUUGGCCAGGCCAUACGUGUGGCUCUUGGUGAUGGAAUGCAUACAAAAGUCCACUGCCAUGAUAUGGACAGCACACGGUCCGAGAGGUGUCGCCGUGUCUGGUGGACAAUAUAUAUUCUAGAUCGUCAGAUGUCCUCUCUCAUGGGUGUGCCGAUGGGCAUCCCUGAGGAGCAAAUCGAAGCCGGCUUGCCCACAUUUCCCGGUCAACCCCAAAAGUCGAUGGGUUUAGAGAUUCAGAUCAAACUUUCAAAAGUUCUUGCACAGAUCUUAAACACUGUAUAUGGCGUAGAGGGACGUCUAGACAAGUGCUUCCUUGCAACCAUGAAGGAUGCUUUGAGGAAUAUCGCCAGUGUCACCGAUCAGCUCAAUGAUUCCUUCGGGAUCGCUAGGCUUGGGCUGGAAGGAGGUGUUUGUAGGCUGUCAUCUUCCCUACAUGUUCUUCACCAUCAGUGUAUUGUAAUUGCCACAAGACCGCUCCUCUACACCUUUUUACAGGCCAGGCUAGGUCAGUCAGACUUAUCGGUGGCCCAUGUCCAUUGUUCUGGCAGCAUUAGGAGCCUUAUCCUCAUGUGCAUCGAGUCAGCGCAGCAAAUACUGACUAUACUCGCCAGCUUACAACGCGAGAACCUCUUAGAAUCCUUUCUACGGCUUGACCUAGACGCUAUUUUUGCAGCAUCAGUCGCUCUCGUCGUGGCUACCGCAAUUGACGCGGCGUUGGUGAAGGACCAACAGUUCUGGUCAAAAAGCUGCCACAGCUUAUUGGGCCACAUGAUACACAGGGGGAACAUGCUAGCAGUCCAGUUCAAAGCCGAAAUCAAGAUUUUAGAAGACAUGUGUAGUCGUUUACGGGCUGGUUGGGGAGCUCAAGACCGUUGCCAAUCUCCAUCAUCAGAAAUAGGCACUAAAAUCUGCAAUGAUGACUCGGAGUUCCUUGUGCUAGGUACUUCGGCAUUAGACUCUCUCGAUGUGGGAGAAGGGUCGCCAAAGGACGUGGAGGAAGAUGGCGAGUUCGACAUGGCCGAAUUUGUCUGGCAGGAGGGUUAUACUACGGAGCAAUUGCUUACUUUCGCAAACUCGAUCGAUCUUAACUAUUUAGACAGUCUAUGA